ACCAGAAGAGUUGAAAACCCACACAGGGCCGCGAGUAGAAAAUUCAGAAGUGAGACGCUGAGAAGGACAGGGAAGUGAAACUUGGGAAAGACAAUGAGAAUUAAGAGAAACUGCACCGUCACACAUGGAGCGCCCAGGGAUUCAAAAAUAAAAAUGAAGAAAAAGUGGGUGUCAGUUGCGGGCGGAGGUGCGGAUUCUCCUUUUGUUAUUCGACAUUCGUGCUCCGGUAUUUAUCGCUUUACCUGCCAGACCUGUUCACCUCCCUGUCUGGCGGCUCAAACCGUGACAGCUCUGUGUCACGCCAGCACUCCCGCCCCCCCGGGGUAAAAGGAAAAAAAGAUGUGUCUGGAAGUUGCAACAAAAAAUCACGGCACGAGCUUAAAUAAAUGGGCGAGCAGGUGGUUUGUUUGGAAGGUUGCGGGUUCGUGAGCAGGUGUUUGUUUUUGUGUGUGUGGCUAAAAGAAAGAAGGAGAGAGAGAGAGGACAGGUGAGGCGAUAAGAAAGGUGUGGGUGUGUCCAAGCCUGUGUUUCUUUCACACAUACUCUCAGGUCUCAAAUAAACCCUGUUGAACCUGUUGCUGCCCAUAUAUCUUUAACACACGCCGCUUCACCUGACACUGUGGAGGUGGCUCCGGCUGAUGCGGUCUUGCUGUCAGGGCAGCUACACUUCACCCUGUUCCAGUCGCUUUCUCUGUUAUUGACCUUUGGACCAGGAACUGUUUCCUUGUUCACCCGUCCACUUGGACUUCAUCCUGACGUUUCCUUGUUUGCACUCACACGCCGGAUGGGCUGCCUUCAUCGCCGCUAGUAAAAAGUCACUCAAGAGAGUCAAGCCUGACCUUAGAGCCCAGCUCUCCUGGUGGAUUUACUCGAUUUCUCUGCUUGGUAUUGGUGUGCGUGCAAAAAAGCUGUUCGUGCGGAAGCGGCGCCCGUAAUUUGCAAACCCUGGCAAGAUGAUGGAGGAGGUGUCCAUGGUGAUGGCCCCUGAUGUCCACGCUAUUGAAGAGAUGAGCGAGGAGGAGAUCCUGGCCUGCCUGGUGGCUGAAACGGGCCCUACAUUCACAGUCCCGACUAAGAAAGCUAAACUGGGGGAAAGCCGGCUACAGAUAAUGGACGAUGAAGAGGAACCUCUGGACAAAUACCUGAAGGAAAACCUUCGCCUUCAGCAGGCCAGUCUGCGUCUGGAGCAGGAAAAUGACAACCUGGCCUACAGAUUGAUCACCAGCAAGAUCGCCCUAAGAAACGCUCUGGAUAAGGCGGAGGACAAGGUGGACGAGCUGACCAAAGACCUUCUGCAGACCAGGCAUCGACUCCAGGCCACGGAAGACGAGAAGAGAGGGAAAGAGGAGGAGGCGGCAAUGAUGAAGGAGGUCCUCAGGAGGGAGCUGGAGAAGACGGAGCAGGAUGCCAGGAGGUCGGCGGGAAUCGUUGCCGACUACAAGCAGAUCUGCUCCCAGCUGACGAGCCGUCUGGAGAGGCAGCAGGCCGCCCACAGAGAACAGUUAGAUUCACUCAAGAGCGCAAUAAACGCCUGCUCGCGCUGUCGACACACUGUCGAAGCAUUCGAGCCCACCGGGGAGCGUCGGGACUCUGAAACAGCAGCGGAGACAGAAGGCAGAGUGGCGGCGGAACAAGGCAGGGAAGAGGAGGAGGAGGAGGAGGAGGAUGGAGGUCCCAGAAAGGAAGAGCAGAGGAGGGAGGAGCUGGAGAAGGAGUCCCUCAGGGCUCAGAUCAGGGAGCUGGAACAGGAAUUAGCCCAGACCAAACUCCAGAUGGUGGAGGCCAAGUGCACGAUCCAGGAGCUGGAGCACCAGAGGGGAGUCCUGAGUAACGACCUGCAGGAAGCGAGGAACAACUGGAUCAGUAAGGCCUUCACCUCCUUGAGGACCUCCAGCGGGGGACUUCACGGCAUUAGCAUGGACAGAGACGCGGCCCCCGCAGUCAGGUGGCGCCUCCACGGCGCCUCCCUCUCCGGAUGGAGCACCAAGAAGUUCUCGUGGCCUCACAGAGACAAUCAAGAAAACAUCUGAUUGUUUGGAUUUAAAAAAAAAACUGAGGAGACUAGGGGAGGAUCAGACCUCUGGUGAAGUGAGAACUGAACUUGAGUAUUAACUCGAUUGAAGCCGCUAUUUCUUCGUGUGUCUACUAGGUGACAGCGUACAUGCAAAACAAAUCGCAGGAGAGUACCUGAGAGUACUUACAGUUCACAAAGGGACUUUUAUUAUUGUUCCACUUCUUUAUAAAUAUUUUCGCUGAUGAUUUCCUUGGUAUAUUUGUUAUAUUUUAUUCUUCUGCAUAUAGCAGCAUAUUUAAUGUAUAAACAUCAUAACUGCAACAAUAAAGGAGGUACUACACAGAG